AGGCGGUCUCCACGUCUAGGCGACUUUUAGCCUAAUGGCGGAAGGUCAAUCUACAGCUAACCCUAAUGAUCUACAUUUGAUAGCAAGGAAACUGUUUGAUGAAGACAACUUUGAAUAUGCGGAAAGAAUUUACCAUCACUUACUUCAACUCUACGUAACAGCAGAACAUGCACCAAUAGAGAAAGCACUUGCGCUCAAUAUGUUGGGACGGUGUCUAUAUUGCCAACAUAAAGUGAAUGACGCCAUGAAGUUUGCGGAACAAUGUUUGUCUAUUGUACGAGAUAUUACACCUCAACAUGAAGAGUUUCUGUCUGAUGUGUUACUCAAUAUGGGACUGUAUCUAUACCAUCAGGGCAAAUAUGAAAGAGCAACAAAACAUCUAAGAGAGUCACUCAACAUUCAGCGUAGAUUGUCUUCUGUGGACAAAGUCGGCAUGGCACGAACUUGUGCUCGUUUAUCACGUUGUCUUCUCUCUCAAUGGCUAACAAAAGAAGCAGAAGAUGUGAUGAGAGAAGGUUAUGGUUUAUCUUUCAGCACAGAUAACAACAAUAGUAAAGCACGAGCUGCUACUCUAUUGGCUUAUGCAAUUCAACUAAAUGAAGGAACAGAAGAGGAAGUGAAAAAAUUGUUACAACAGGCUGAUGGAUGGAUUCGAAUGAUGGGAGAAGGACAAGGCAAAGCAGAAGUGUUGAGUGAAAUGGGAGAAGUAUUGGUGAUAAGGGGUGACUACAAGCGUGCCAAUAGGAUACUGCAAGAAGCAGCAACCAUGCAAAGACACAUUUUACCAACCAACCAUCAUGACACUGCUAUAACUUUUUGUCGUAUGGCAGAAUAUCAAGUGAAACGAGAUCAACAAAUGGCUGCUUUGACAUUGUUCCACGAGUCAUCAGAAAUGAUGAGCAAAGCAAUAGGUGUGGAACACCCAAUAAGAGGAAGAAGUUUAUUUGGUGUUGCUAAAGUUCUUUUAAGGCAACAGAAGUGGGAAGAAGCAGAAAAGAUGUUGAAGGAAAGUGUCAACAUUUUGGGUGUGAGUAUAUGUGUACAUCCUACAACAAGUGCAGCAAUUCGAGAUCUGAACUAUUGCUUACGAAUGCUAAAGAAAGAUCAAGAAGCAGUCGACAUUUUGCAACAACAUCAACGAGUUGUUUCUUAUCAUCAAGUCGAGCAUCAGGCAAGUGCAUUUCAAGUUGAUGAUUUACAAAGAGAGUUGGAGCAGCUCAGAGAAAGCAAUCGAGCCAUUCAAGCAGAGAAAGCUGCUUUACAGCAGCAAUUGGCUGAUCAGGAGCCUAAGUAA